UGGAGCUGAUGGGUCCUGGAAAAACACACUGUUCCCCAAUAAAAUGUAUUUUUAAAAAAGAUCCCCAACAUUUAAGGGGUAAGAAACGGAAGAACAGAUUGGGGUGGGGGAGGGAUCAGAGAAUGUGUGAGUCUAGAAUGUGGGGUGGGGUGGUGGUUUCUCUCUCUUCCUCUGUGCCCAGGUUAAGGGCACUUGGGUUCAAACCCCAGUUUUGCCCGCCACUUACUGUUUUCCCUCAGUUAAAUUACUUAACCCUUCUGUGCUUCGGUUUCCCCAUAUGCACCAAUGGGGAUGGUGAUAGCUGUAUCAACCCCUUCUGGGGUUGUGGUAAAGAUUAAACAGGUUAGCCCACGGGUUAAUCCGAGGUUGGCAAAGGCCCUGGGGGAGCCGGCUCCCGGGAGGCAUGCUGGGACCUGCUCUUCUGGGGGUGCUGGGGAGAGGUAAUGAUCAGGUGAGGCUGUGGCACAGACGGCAGGAUGAGCUCAGUGUCUGGCUGUGUGGACAUGGCUGGGCUAGGGUUUCAGGGCCACCCCGCUGCUGGACCUCUCCUGCUCCUGCUGAUGUUCCUGCCCCAGGCCCUGAUGAAAGAAGGACCCCUGGUGUUCGUGGCUGUGGUGUUCCGCCAUGGCGACCGGGCCCCGCUGGCCUCCUACCCGAGAGACCCACACAAGGAGGCUGUCUCUACACUGUGGCCACGUGGCAUGGGCCAGUUGACCUCGGAGGGGGUUCUCCAGCAGUUGGAGUUGGGCCGCUUCCUGAGGAGUCGUUAUGAGGCCUUUCUGAGCCCCAAGUACCGGCGGGAGGAGGUGUAUGUUCGCAGCACAGACUUUGACCGGACACUGGAAAGCGCUCAGGCCAACCUGGCGGGGCUGUUCCCCGAGGCGGCUCCGGGGCGCCCUGAGGCUGCCUGGAGGCCCAUCCCUGUGCACACAGUGCCUGUCACUGAGGACAAGCUGCUGAGGUUCCCCACACGCAGUUGUCCUCGAUACCAUGAGCUGCUGCGCGAGGCCACUGAGGCUGCCGAGUACCAGACAGCCCUGGAGGGCUGGACGGACUUCCUGACUCACCUGGAGAACUUCACCGGGCUGUCACUGGUCGGGGAGCCGCUCCGCAGGGCGUGGAAGGUUCUGGACACGCUGGUGUGCCAGCGAGCCCACGGUCUUCCCCUCCCAUCCUGGGCCUCCCCGGAUGUCCUGCAGACGCUAGCCCAGAUCUCGGCUUUGGAUAUUGGGGCCCAUGUAGGCCCACCCCGGGCAGCAGAGAAGGCCCAGCUGACAGGGGGGAUCCUGCUGGAUGCCAUCCUUGCCAACUUCUCUCGGGUCCAGCGCCUGGGGCUGCCCCUGAAGAUGGUUAUGUACUCGGCUCACGACAGCACUCUGCUGGCCCUCCAGGGGGCCCUGGGUCUCUAUGAUGGGCACACCCCACCGUAUGCUGCCUGCCUUGGCUUCGAGUUCCGGAAGCGCCUUGGGGACCCGGAGGAAGAUGCAGGGAAUGUCACCAUCUCCCUCUUCUACCGCAAUGACUCCGCUGGUCUGCCCCUGAGCCUAAGUCUCCCUGGGUGCCCAGCCCCCUGCCCACUAGGCCGCUUCCACCAGCUGACCGCCCAGGCCCGGCCUCCGGUUCAUGGGGUCCCCUGCCAUGGCUCCCAUGAGCCUGCCACGCCUGCAGCCACCGUGGUGCCCCUGUUGGCUGGGGCUGUGGCCUUGCUGGUGGCGCUCAGCGUGGGGCUGGGCCUGCUGGCCUGGAGACCUGGCUGCCUGCGGGCCUGGGGAGACCCGGUGUGAAACAGGAAAUGGGGCACUCCUCUCCCACUGCUGACCCUGGAUCCCAAC